UUUCCUGUGCCUCCUGGACACAUGACGAAUACAACGUGAAAGUAGUCUCAGCCAGGCCUCACAAGUGCAUGUGUUUUAAGGUCCCCAAAAGAGCUCUCCUUUAAAACACCAAGGAGCACAUCAGGGGACGCCAAACCAUUUGACUCCCUUGCCAGACAUCUCGGCUCACUCCACAAUCAAUGGUGCUCGCAAUCGGAUGCACUUUUAGGCCAUUUAGGAGACAAAUAGCACAGGAAAAGCAGUGCGCACCGCUCCACCCGACAGUCGAACGGUGAGGUUUUGAGCGAGUCGCAGCAAAAUGCACGGGGCUUCUGCAGCCCACAUGACUUUAUUCUGAACGGACACAAGUCUGCUCGCUGGGCCGUUCGCUUUUGGGCCAAAAACACGGCUCCGUCGGUGACUUUUGGCCCGAUAUUGGCGACCAGAAAACACAAGUGAAAGAGCAUUUGGCCAGCCCGGAGAAGCCGAGCUGGGUGGCUUGAGUCUACAUGGUUCUCAUGUCGCGUUUAAGGCCAGCCCCCUGCACGGUGUGGAGCUUCAAUAGCGCAGAGCAGCGUCUACAGCAAAGUACUCCUCCUCACAGACUACCGUAGUGUUGUAAGUGUGUGUGUUUACCGGACCCAACGACAGACAUGGCAGAAGUCGCACCAGCACCCGCCGCCGCCGCGCCGGCCAAGGCACCCAAGAAGAAGGCAGCAGCCAAGCCCAAGAAAGCGGGACCCAGCGUAGGCGAGCUCAUCGUCAAGGCGGUGUCCGCCUCCAAGGAGAGGAGCGGCGUGUCCCUGGCCGCGCUCAAGAAGUCUCUGGCGGCAGGCGGCUACGACGUGGAGAAGAACAACUCCCGUGUCAAGAUCGCCGUCAAGAGCCUCGUCACCAAGGGCACCCUGGUCCAGACCAAGGGCACCGGUGCUUCCGGCUCCUUCAAGCUCAACAAGAAGGCCGUCGAGGCAAAGAAGCCCGCCAAGAAAGCCGCAGCCCCCAAAGCUAAGAAGGUGGCCGCCAAGAAGCCCGCCGCCGCCAAGAAGCCCAAGAAGGUAGCAGCCAAGAAGGCCGUGGCCGCAAAGAAGUCCCCCAAGAAGGCCAAGAAGCCCGCUACACCCAAAAAGGCCGCCAAGAGCCCAAAGAAGGUGAAGAAGCCCGCCGCAGCGGCCAAGAAAGCGGCCAAGAGCCCCAAGAAGGCUACCAAGGCAGCGAAGCCCAAAGCCGCCAAGCCCAAGGCAGCCAAGGCCAAGAAGGCAGCCCCCAAGAAGAAGUAAACCUAUUACAAACAGUGUUCUUUCUACUCGACACAUGUUGUUACCACAAAAGGCUCUUUUAAGAGCCACCCA